UAGCGAUAUGGAUGUGAACUAGAACAAUUCUUGUUUUAGGUAGAAUCAGAAUAAUUCUUUAUUCGCUAUCAAAAGAAUUAAGCAGAGCAUUUCAAAUUUCAUAUUUCGAAGAGAGUUCACCCAAGGUGAGUGCUGUGUCAAGUUCAAAAAUAGAGUAAGUGGUCUGGUCAACAGUACUGUAGCUGUAGGCUGCUUUUCCUUCCCAAAGCCUGAUCCGAAUGUACUCCGCUCUUUUCGUCGGUACAGAAAAACACAUCCCUCCGUCCCUGCUACUGCUCCUUCCCUGCAAAGCCAAACCAUGGCCGGACCACUCCCCACGCCACCGCCGGUGGAGGAGCCACAGACGGGGGCUGCAAAGUCGGGGACGACGGUCGAUGCCCUCACCGUGGACACGCUCCGCGACAUUCUCCGUCGCCUCUCCGUCGCCGACCUUCUCCGUGCCGCCCUCGCCUGCCACCGCUGGCGCCGCGUCGCCGCACGCUGCAUCCCCCGCACCGCUCCUCUCCUCGGCUACUUCUUCCACCCCACCGCCACGGGUUUGCCGCCACCCAUGCCCAAGUCAUCCAAGGAAAUUGACACCCCCGCCGUCUUCGCUCCCUUGGACGCCUCCGCCCCGAACCUCUCCCUCGACUUCGCUCCGGGGGCCUCCCGCUUCGUGCUCCACGACUGCCACCAAGGCCUCCUGCUUCUCGAACCGUUCGCGUCGCUCCCCAAGGGGACCAUCCCGCGCUUCCUCGUCCUCGACCCGGCCACCCGCCGCCGCGUGCUCCUCCCGCCGCCACCGCGCGACACGGUGCCCGACGACCACCGCUGGCGCCGCUCCAGGUACUACGUCGGCUCUGCACUGCUCUCCCGCGCGCACCCGAGCAGGCUCUGCUUCGAGGUCGUCUGCUUCGCCAUCGACGGCGGGCACCCGCGCGCAUUUACUCCGUCCGUGGACGACGGCCGAUGCAGCUGGCGCGCGCUCCCGCGUACCAUGGAGGUAGAGGUCGGUUUUGACCCCUGGUGGUUCGAGCGACGCUGCGUGCACGCAGCCGGGAAGCUCUACUGGCACAUCUGCAACUCCUACCGCAUGCUCGUGAUGGACCCUGCCACGCUGCACUUGUCCUACCUGCUGGCGCCAGCUGCACUGUCGGACGAUUUCUGCACGUACCGCGUCGGGGAGACGCCGGAGGACGGACGGCUUUGCCUCCUGGCCGUGGAGAGUCGUUCGAGGCAGCUGCAGCUCUGGGUCCGCGGGCAGGCCAGAGGGAGCGACAAUGGGUGGCUUCUGGAGAGGGAGAUGCUCAGCAUGCGUGUGGUGUGGGACGCAGUGCCAGGCCUGCCCAAUGACCUUGCCCACAGGGUCUACAGUGUUUGGCCCAGCGACAUGGACGCGGGGCGUACCGGCAAGGUGUUCAUCAAAACCAUGGGAUAUGGGCGCUACUCCUUACAUCUGGACACCGCCAAGAUCGAGCGCCUGCACACCAAACAUGGCAAGGAGUACGGCCACCCGAUCUACGCCUACUUCCUCGCGUGGCCGCCUGCGUUCCUCGCUCCAGAAUACUGACUUCCCGGUGAUUGGUAAAACCUCCUUCCCUCUUAAGAUACCACUCAUCGACGUUGCUUGAUCAUGUGCUUAAUGCUGCCUUGAGUUGUUCCUUGCAUGUGCAUGUGAUGAUAGGUGCAUUCGAUUUAGUUUACACUGCUGGCGUUGGUAGCAGAUAUAUAUCCAUUUGUUGUCGGAUUUUGCAAAGUUGCCAGGAUUUCUUAUUGCAAGACAGGCCUCUGAAGCCACUGUGCUCAAAGUGGUAACAAAUGUGAAGCAAUCAUUCAAAAUACUUGUCUGUUUUAGAAUUUCUAGUCAUGAUUUCUUUCUCGAUUCCGGUUUCGAUAUAUGCUGGUGGUAGAAGGUCUAAUGCAUACAUAUACAUUAUUCCUCUACAUGGAUCAUAGUCUCUAGCUACACUGCACGCAUGUUCAUUUCUAUCCUGGUCUGUCAUAUUUCGCAUACCAAAGUUUUGGCAAUUUGAUGGAGUUUUUUGAACGAAUCAAAUAUUGCUAUUUGUUACAGCCGUUAACAAGUAUAGAACGAAUAGAGUAAACAUUCCUACUUGUUCUGCUGGUCGCAGCCAUUAAUUAACCAUUAGCUAAACUCUGCCUUAAAAGGAGAGAGCCAGAAAUAACCAUAACGGUGUGUUUCCUAAAAUUUGGUCAUUUUUUUAUUGAAUGAGUAGUAUUUGGUCACUUAGAAGAGCAAAGAAAGCUUAAUUAUGUUCAUCGUCUCAUUAGCACUUAAAUAGUUUUUUUUCCGCGGAAGUACCUUAUAUUUUGAAUUUUUGAUUGCUUGAAAUCAUUAAAUGCUGUCAGCGGUCUUUUGCUUUACCUGUACAUGGGCUUAAUGUUGUUCAUCAUCUCAUUAGCACUUAAAUAGUUUUUUCCCGUGAAAGUACCUUAUAUUUUGAAUUUUUCAUUGCUUAAAAUCAUUAAAUGCUGUCAGCAUUCUUUUGCUUUACUUGUACACUGGCCUAAUGUUUGUGAUCGCAGUUUGCUUGUACAUAGUCAUGGUUUAAUGUUCUGAAUAGCAAUCUACUGGUCAAUAGUUUUUCAGUUUAGCAAACAGCCCAAUUGAUACAAUAUUCUUCUCAGAAUACUCAGCACCUUUCAGUUCAGCUGAAAUUGUGCAAACUCUCAGAAUACUCUUUCAGAAAAAUUUUUAUUGGAAAAGUGAGUACUCAGGCCUGUUUCAUUUUUUGUAACACCAUCUAUAUAUAAGCUUAAAAUUUUCUUUUGCUUAUCAGUUUAGCUUUUAUGGCUUAGAGCAUUACUAGUAGAACCCUCAAACCCUCAAAUCCUUAAAGCAGUUUUAAGGGUUGAGAAGUGCCACUUUUUGACACUUUUAAGGGUUGAAAAACAGGGGCAAAUACUAGAACCCUUAAACCCAACCCUUA